GCCGCCGCCGCCGCCGCUCUGCUUGGUCCAGCCGCCCGGCCCAGUGCUCUGACUUCGCCCGACCAGGGCGCUCUGCGGAGACACCCUUCCUCCUUGCUGGGGGUCCGGGGCGCCUAGCCCGGCGUGGGGGGAAGCUCCGCUGGCGAGGGACAGGGAGGGAGGAGCCUGGAACCGGAGCCAGCGCCACCCGUCGCCGGAUCAACAAGACAGGACAGGUUGAGGGGCGUCGGGGAAGGAAGAGGGGUGCUAUAGGCUGUCCCGGGGAAGCCGAGCAGCCCUGUCGCAGAAAGCUCCGAUGCACUCUGACUUGUAGGGGGCCUGUUCACAUUUGGGAACUGGUGAUAACGUGGGUGCACUCCUCUCGGGGGGCUGGUUGGAUUGGAGGGCGUGGGAUCUAAGCAGCACCAGCUGUCCCCGAGGAAAUUAAGGGGCAACCAGGAAAAAAAAAAAAAAAAAAGACCGGAUGCUCCUUAUCUCGAGGUGACAGAGACCCUCCAGACAACCACCUGGUGUAUCCACUAGGAAGGGCGGAUUUGGAGGUGACUUCAAAAGGAGUGGAGGGUGACAAGGUGAGGAAAGGGGCUCGGCAGCUGGAACCAUGUACCACUAGAAAUGGGGGUGACUUGGUGAAAAAAAAGUACUGUCCAGACAGGGUCUGGGAACCCCUAAUCGCUGAACGGGGACAGCCUGGGUUUUCCCAGUUUGGGGGGACUUCACUGAAAAAAGUGGGGGAUCCUUUCACUUAGAGGGUGGCAAAGACACUAAGGUUGGGUGCCUUCCUGACAUUGGCAGUGCCCCAGUAGGGAGGGGGUUGAGCUAAUAUAUUCAAAGCUGAGGACCCGCACCCUUUAGGUUACAAGAGUGGAUUUGGCAGGAGUGCGGGUCCCCAAAAUAGGGUGGAAAGGUGCCUGGGGGUAUUGGAACCACAUCUUGCAAAUUUUGAGGGUCUCGACUUUGGCCUAAAGAAAGUGGGGACAGGGGCGGUGGAGAACAGGGAAGAGGGCAGUUUCCAGUAGGAGGCAAAAGGGCAGGGUGGGGUCAACACAUACGUAGGCUGCUGGGUCCGGUGGAGCUAGCACGGGGCCCAAGGGUGGGAGCUGGCAGCUGGCGGCUGGGGGGUGGGGGGGGUCUGGGGCUUAUCCUCAGGUCCCGUGGAUGAGGCGGGGAGUUGGGACCCCAGCGUCAAGGAGCAUGCCCCGGUCAGCGGGCUUCUCUUGAGGAGCCUGGCGCUCCGGGUGCCUGCCGGUUUGGGGGUGUCUCCUCCCGGGGCGCCAUGGCGGCUCUGGCCAGUAGCCUGAUCCGGCAGAAGCGGGAGGUCCGCGAGCCCGGGGGCAGCCGGCCCGUGUCGGCGCAGCGGCGCGUGUGUCCCCGCGGCACCAAGUCCCUUUGCCAGAAGCAGCUCCUCAUCCUGCUGUCCAAGGUGCGACUGUGCGGGGGGCGGCCCGCGCGGCCGGACCGCGGCCCUGAGCCUCAGCUCAAAGGCAUCGUCACCAGACUGUUCUGCCGCCAGGGUUUCUACCUCCAGGCUAAUCCUGACGGGAGCAUCCAGGGCACCCCAGAGGACACCAGCUCUUUCACCCACUUCAACCUGAUCCCCGUGGGGCUCCGUGUGGUCACCAUCCAGAGUGCCAAGCUGGGUCACUACAUGGCCAUGAACGCGGAGGGGCUGCUCUACAGCUCGCCACAUUUCACAGCUGAGUGUCGCUUUAAGGAAUGCGUCUUCGAGAAUUACUAUGUCCUGUACGCUUCUGCUCUCUACCGGCAGCGCCGCUCCGGCCGGGCCUGGUACCUGGGCCUGGACAAGGAGGGCCGAGUCAUGAAGGGAAAUCGAGUCAAGAAGACCAAGGCAGCCGCCCACUUUGUGCCCAAGCUCCUGGAGGUGGCCAUGUACCGGGAACCUUCUGUCCACAGUGUCCCUGAGACCUCCCCUUCCAGUCCCCCUGCCCCCUGAAAUGUAGUCCGUGGACUGGAGGCUCCCUGCCCUUGCAUGGAGCCAGCCACUGCCACAGCCUGUGCCCCAGCCCUGCUCCCCGCCCUGCCCUCACCCCUGCUGCCACCCUCACGCCCUGAGCAGCCAGGUCCCAGCAGGUGCUCUAUCCCGAGGGAGCCAAGGGGCUGGUUGUGACGCCCCGCCCCGACUUCCAGCUCCUGGGAGGAGUUCAGAGAGGAGGAUUCUGAAAAUGGUCCUGGCUGAUCACUUCUUUCCUUCCACACUCACAGCCCCCCAAAGCCUUUUCCCAAGAAGGUGCUGGGUGUUCCCAAACUGACAGAACCAGGACGUAAAUACUCUGCACCCUGGGCUCAGCCAGUUCCGGGAGCCCUAUGCCCUCUUCAUCGCCACUGAGCCAUAGAUUUAUAGGUCUACUGGAGGUCAGGAUUAGUUUCCUUUUUGCCCUACUACACCUUCUGCCUCGUUCUGGACAGGUUCUGGAACACCAGGCACCCUAGCCAGGGCCCUUUUUGCACUAAGGCUCUGUGCUGGAAUGCUGGCAUGCUGCCAGGCUCUGUUCUGGAUCCAUCAGGCUUCUGUCCUUGACCCAGAUGGACCCCUGGUUUCCAAGUAGAGAGAGACUAGAUUUGAGCCCUAUCCAGCUGCUGGCCUUGGCCUGAACUAGGACCAGUCUCAGAUCACCACAGUUUUAACUUUCUUAUCCCAAAGACACCCAAUUCUAGAGCAUGGUGUUCUAGACACACAUGGAGCCAUACUUCCUUCUGAGUCUCGGCUCUAGGACGUAGACCACGACUCUCAGCCCUUCCCUGCAAGAUGGAGCCGGGGCCUAUGUAGCCAUAUCAUCGCUCAUAUAGAGUGAGUUCUAGACCCACCCUCCUACCUUCUCUAGUAAUACCUAUUAAAGGUGCGCCCUGGAAAGAACCCAGCUAUGAUUCACUAAGAACUUUGUUGAUGAAUCAAGAAACACUUCUUGUUUUUCCUAGAUUUUCUAAAAAUCCGAUUCUUCCUAUAGAAUGCUAACCUUAUUUUUACAUGCAGUUUCUAGCUCCUGUAACUCAGCUGGGGUCCUGCCAGGGAAACAGAGUCUGAGGAAGGGCAGAGGAGUCUGGGAAGGAAUCCUUGGCUCAUAGUAGGGAAGCUGGGAUGGCCGAGGGGCCAAACCCAUGGCAUGUUUUGGCUGUGUCUGGGUUGGGGGGACAUGAACACUUAGCUACCUCAGCAGGAAUUCCUUCCAGGUGCCCUUUAAAGCUGAGGUCUCUAAGGUAAUGGAUCUAGAAUAAAAAGAACAAACAGGACACAGCCUUGAUCCCCAGGGCAGAGACCCCAAUUCAGCAAUAAGUUCCACCCCUCUCCCCUAUAAGUCAGGCCAAGGAGGGUGAGGGCCUCUUGGGCUCUAGACCUCAUAUAACCCCAGAGCUUCUAACUUAAUAGAACUUGCUUUACCUUACAGCUUGUAAGUUCAGCUAAGCUUUAGGUACCCCAAAAGGGCCUGACUAGAUUUUUCUGAGAAGCGUGUAGAGCUAGGGGCAGCCCUGAGAAAGAUCAGGAACCCACCAGUGAGCUAGGAGUAGCCUCAGACCUGCGCAGGGAAGACCGAGGAGACCCUAAAGGGAGGGGCUUGGGCUCAGAGGCAGGUCACUCUUCCUCAGGCUCUUUCUCUUUCUCUUUCUGGCUUGUUGCAAGAGGGGUACAUACUCCCCUCGCCCACACA